GAGCAUGGUAAAGCAAAGCAAUCCGAAAAGCCUUUGAAUAAUAAUAGCAGCUUUUUCUUUCCCCCUUCCAGAACACCUCCACAAACCGAAGCCUCGUAAGUUCAACUUUUAAUUAAUUUUUUUUUGGGGUACAAGUAUUAUAUUAUAUACAGAAACUGUAAGUUCUUGUCGGGAAAAUCUGUAAUCGAGCAGCGACAACGAAUCUUCGUUUUCGUGUGGGUUUUGUAUUGAGAUCUAACAUUGGAAACUGGUGUUUCUGCGUGAGAGAAGGCGAAAAUGAUUUGAUUCCAAUUCCCAGGUGAUCUCUUUGCUUCGAGCUUGAAGCUUCAUUAAUGGGACCUGUCGCUGUCGCAACUUACAAGAGGUGAAUACCUCAUUGAUCAACUCCUCGUGUUUUGCUUUUUCCGUCUCUAUUCUUCGAUUUCAGAGGAAAUUGGUUCUUCAAAGAUAUCCAUUACUGUGUUUAUUCAAAAAAUGGAUAAGGUUUCAGGUGAAGGGAAGAGAGUUUCGAAGGUGUUUUUCUCAUGGAGGCAUUUACUGCUCUUGUCGCUUACAUUGAAUCUGGGUUUGCUCAUUAGAUUUGUAUACGAGCGAGGCGGCGCCCUUGAUAGAAGCCAGAGGCCUCAUCAAGAUUUCUGUUUCGACAACAAGAUCAACACCAUGUGUGGCGGCGUUUCAGUGGCGGCGGCCCAUGUUAGCAGUAGCAGCUCAAAUUCGCGCGUAGGGUCGGCGGAAGGCGGUAAAAAGGUUAUCAACUUGGACCAUGGGGAUCCUACGAUGUACGAAGAGUACUGGAGAAGGGUAGGGGAGAAGAGCACGAUCGCGAUAAGAGGGUGGGAGUCGAUGAGCUACUUCUCCGACGCCGAGAACCUCUGCUGGUUCCUAGAGCCGGAGCUCGCCAAACAGAUCGCCAGAUUGCACGGUUUGGUCGGGAACGCCGUAACUCGCGACCGUCACAUCGUGGUUGGGACGGGAUCCACACAGCUAUUUCAAGCUGUCCUUUAUGCUCUCUCUUCUCCUCCUCCUCCACCUCAUCCAUCUCAUCACCACCCCAUCAGCGUAGUCUCUGCUACUCCCUACUACUCGUCAUAUCCAUCAAUGACAGACUACUUGAAAUCAGGGCUCUAUAAAUGGGAUGGUGAUGCUUAUGCUUUCAACAAAGAUGAACCUUACAUAGAAUUUGUUACUUCCCCAAAUAAUCCUGAUGGCUUUAUAAGGCAACCAGUAGUUAACCGGAGUGGAGGGACAGUGGUAUAUGACCUUGCUUACUAUUGGCCACAGUACACUCCAAUUACAUCUCUUUCAGACCAUGACCUAAUGCUUUUCACUGUCUCCAAAAGCACCGGCCAUGCCGGGACACGCAUUGGGUGGGCUCUUGUCAAGGAUAAGGAGGUGGCAAGAAAGAUGACUGAAUUUAUAGUACUCAAUACCAUAGGUGUAUCAAAGGACUCUCAACUCAGGGCAGCUAAAAUCCUCCAAGUAAUAUCAGAUAGUUGUGAAUAUCUGGCCUACCCUGAGGACUUGGAGAGCUUCUUCAAUUAUGCAUACUUUCAGAUGACUGAUAGAUGGGAACGGCUGAGAGAUGCGGUUAGAUGCAGUGGACUGUUCAGUGUUCCCGAGUUCCUACCUCAAUUCUGCAACUAUAUCGGCGGAUUCACUGAACCACAUCCUGCUUUUGCAUGGUUGAAAUGUGAGGGGGAUAUACAAGACUGUGAGAGCUUUCUAAGAGAAAAUAACAUCAUAACAAGAAGUGGGAAACACUUUGGUAUGGAGGCAAAGUAUGUUAGAAUUAGCAUGUUGGAUCGAAAUGAGAUAUUUAAUCUAUUUACGGAGCGGUUGUCAAACAUAAGUUUAUGACAGCCCCUCCUUAGAAUUUAGUGUGAGGUAAAUUUUUCAUGUAAUGUUGUGGUGGUUCAGGUUUACAAUUCUUUGAGGUUCAUUUGUUUGUUGUUCUUGUUCAAUCAUUCUUUUGUUGCCUUUGUUUAGCAUAAUAUCCUAUAUCAUGGAUCAUAGCCUUCUCCA